AUGAAGCGACUCUUCGACUUCUCAAUUAUCAAAACUCUCUGGGCUGCUCGCCUUCAAUCACUUUUCGAAUCGAUUUUCGGAAAGACGUCAUCGUCAUCGAAAAGUAUCGAGAAUCCAGUACAACAAAUUCUCGCUCAAAAGGCUCCUCCAAAAACAGCAAGCUCAAUUCCAACGAACAAUUCGACACCGAGUAAAAGAGAAAUGCAUUCAUCCGCCGUUGUCAAAGCUGCAGCAUUCCGCAAACCAAUGAUUAAAUUCAUUGGAGCCCGUCUUCCUCGUCCAUUCUUCGAUGCAAAAUCACUUCCACCUCUUCAAGUCUCUGGGAAUUUCCCAUCUGGCGUCAGCUCUUCUCCAUCUGCUCCACCUACCAACACAGCUUCAUCCAUUGGACCAGUCGGAAAGAUUCCACGUGGACAAGGAAUAGACUGGAAUCAAUUACCACAACGAUUCCAGAGACAAGGAAUGUCAGAGGAAGAAUGUGAAGCUGUCAAUACCGGCUUCUUCUACAGAGGAUAA